UUGAAAUAAUGGAUUAAAAUCAGUGAAAAAUUCAUAUUCAUAUUAUUGAAUCCGGAUUGAGGUCUCAACCAGGAAAUGAAAAGAAAUUUUGAACAUUUUUUUUAGAAAACACGACCACGAACAGCCAUAUCUAUUCUCAUUCUUCUGAAUUUCACACCCAAGUCAUGUUUCUUUCAAACUUUUUUUGCACAAGUAAUCAAAUUAUUUAUCCGUACAUGAUAAUAAUGCAUGUCGUUCUUUCUCGUGGUCCUGAUUUUAUGAAUAAUAAGUUUGGUAAGCAAUUGUUCUGUUACUAUAUGUGUUUCUAAAAUUUCAGAACUAUUCAAUAUGGGUUCCCUUGCCAGUUUGGGAUGGAUAGUGUUUCAGAAAUUAUUGUGCCUGUUAAUGUCAGUACUCGGCUGUUUGAAAUACCAGCUCAAUUACAUUAUGGUAUUAUUUUUUUUUGUAUACAGUUAGCUGGAGGAAGGGCUCAGAAUAAUGGACUAAGAUUCAAAAGGAAUAUAUCAAAGGAGUAUUUUCUUGUUAACAACUAAUAUUCCAUGGAAAGUUGUUAGUGAGACCUUAUAGGUCGUGUCCUCACUGAGCCAGGGCAAGCAAAAGUUGUGCUGGCUUUUCUCCUUUGCUUCAGUUUUCCUUAUUCUUGCUUUUGUUUUUCUUGUUUUUCCCUUUUUUUUUCCCUUUUGGCGACUGUUACCUUUUAUUCCUCUUAAUAUAAUGACGGGCGCCCCCCUGCUGUUUUGAGGAAAAAAUGUACGACGUAUGUACCUGCUUAUAGGUCUAAAAUGCCCAUGGUACACUGUCUAGAUGUCUGUAGUAACUUCCCCUGUGUGAUUAGAAUUUGGAAGUCUUUAACUUCCUGUCCAAAAACGGUUUGUAUUUUUGGAAAUGACUUGGUCCAAUUCAACAUGGAAACAGUUGUUAAUCACACCAAAGAAACGUAGAAUGGUGGUUACCUUUAUAUUCACAAUCUUCAGCUAAAUUUCAUUAUGAGUGAUUUUUAUGUUUUCGAUUGUUUUCCCUCAACAUAUGUAUUAUACAUAUCUUUUACAGAAAUCUGAAAGGAAAUUUUGCAUUUCAGUGCAUGCGGAAGGGCAAUUAAGGUUGGUUUCAGGCCCACUAACUGUCCUAGAACUGUUUGAUCUGUUUCUUCUAUCAUUUUUUAUUUGCAAUCUAAUAUUCAGGUGCUAAAUGUUAUUGAUUCUAAUUGAGACAAUACGGAAACAAAAGAAAAGGAUUUUCUGGGAUCAAAGGAACCUAAAGUUGCUGAUCAGAAACUGGAGCUUGAGAUGAACUUUGCUGAAGUUAUCAACGUAAACAUACCAUUCAUCGGAAUAUCUUUAAUAAGCUCUUCUCCCCAGGUGACCUCUCAAUGAGCUUUAGGACCGUUUGGUUCAUGUGACUUAUUUUUAGCACCCGUCACAUCGAAUAUUUAGAUACUAAUUAGGAGCAGUGGGCCGUGGUGUUAGGCCUGGAGCGCGGUGCGGGACCGCGGAAGGAGGCGGGGCGGAGCUGGACCGCGUGCAGUGCUGGGCCAAAAGGGUGGCUGUGGCCCGUUUGAGAAAGAAAAGGAUGUUUCAUUUGUUUGAAUGGAGUUUGAAUUCAAAUUUGAACUAGAUUUCAAAUUUGAAUGGGAUUUGAGGUAUAGGCUUGAAUCAGAAAUAUUUAGAUGGGCUUUGGAGUUGUUAGUUCAAAUAAAAUGCAUAUGUGUGCACAUGAAUCUAUUAAAUGCAUAAAAUUAAAGGAAAGGGCUUUAUGUUUAUAUAUUUGAUAUAAAUUUUAGAAAAAAAUUAAAAUACCCUGUUUUUGGGAGUUUUUAAUUUGGUAGAAAUUUUGGGAUGUCACAAUGACCUUGGCACUUGUGACAAACUACGUCUUGGCUAUGGGAAGAAGAAACAACAGCUGAUGCAACCGACAGGGCUGCUAUACUUGUAGCAGGAUGUCGUUGUUCUUGUUGAAUUGCAGGUGAAGAAGCAGUAGAAAAUCGUUGUCUUUGCAGCAUCAAUGGACGGAGAAGGCCUAGCUGGAGCUUCUUGGGAUCGUCGUCCAACAGGGUGCUGCGUACACCAUGGAGCUGAAACAGAUCGACUCCCAUAAGACUUUCUUGCUGAAUUUUCUGUAAGUGCGCUACCUUAUUAUGUGACGAAAAGGUAUUAUUUUCUCUAGAAGUUACUCUCUCCAUUUUUAAACAUAGGAUAUAUUAGUUUUGCUCUAGGUUAAAAAUUUUAAAUUCUGAACAAUUAUAGGAAAUUAUAUAUGAUAAAAAAAAUCAUUUUACUAUCCUAGACGACCUACUUUGUUCUUGAAUACCGUCUAAAUCACCACUCGAGGUGGUUUUGAGUGUGGUUUUGCUGGCACGGAAGAUGUGAUGGACCUGACUCUACAUUUCAGGCCCCAUCUCUCCUUUUUAUUCUUUCUUCUGUGCGAUGCCCUUGACAGCCAACAGCAGCCUGCAAUUGAGAGGCUACGAACGGAAAGGGCGAGGAAGCUAGCUGUUGAUUCCAUCCCCGGUAGUUGCUGCAUGUCAGCCUCCCUGGAGCGUGGAUUUCUAAUCACUAGCCUGCUCAACGCCAUAUUUUAUAGCAAGUAAACAUCGAAGCAACAACACCUACCUGGCUACCUCGCACCAAUGGAGAAAAAAGACCGUCAGCGUGGCAACACCCUGCUUCAAUGGAGAACCUUUGUGGGCUUAUCUAUUUACUAUUUUAAUAGUCGAACUUGUCUUGCCUAAUUUUUUAGCAAAAGAGUAAGUGACUUGCCUUUGUGGUCAUCGAAAUUGCUGGUGGAAACAACCGGGCUCCUCAUUGCAAUGAAAAAAGAGUGAGGGAAAACGUACAAAACCAGGUCAUUAUAUUGAUCUUACGAAUUGGACUAGCGCCCCACUCGGUCGAUAGGGUUGCGCUGUGAUCAUGGUUGACUAAAGCGCAGGGCACCUUGCACAGAUGAAAAGAGUGGUAAGCUGUACUCCUACCUCCCUUGUUUUAUCUGAUCUGACUCCUCCUGCGGACCGGGCCACGUGAAUUUUGUGAGCCAAGCACGCUUUCUUCACGUCACACAAUCAGAAAUGCACGCAAGUGAAUCAAGAUGUCCUGCCAAUGCAGGAACAACAGAUCAUAUCGUCGAUCGAGCGGAUAAGAUCGCAUCGCAUAUGUGUACUUGGCCCAAAACAAAUAACCUGCACACCCAAGGGGCCGGGUGCUUUUUUUUUGCAUGUACAUUAAUGGUCUUUAGAGAAAAUAUGUGCAGGUGCUAAGCAAUCAAUCUUAUAAAUGAAUCACUGUAGUCUGUCCAAUACAGCGAUGGUCAUUUUACAUGACAAGCUUCCAUGGUUAAGAUUUAAGAACCAGGAUAGGCCGUCUAAUUCCCCUUGGCACCGUUCCUCUGGGAGAAAAAAGAAAUCCCUACACUUCAUGCUAAUUAAUUAAUUAUUAUAUCCAUAUAUUAAGGCAUCUGCUUAAGAUCUCACUCGGUCAAUCCUCUCAAACUCUGGCCAAAUACACGGGCAAUUCGUACGGGCACAUGGGACCGGAGUUUCAAUAGUAAAAGUCGAGAGGACCCGCACGUCGGGCAGCCGGCGUGGUCUAUAUAUGCGUACACAGAGACUAGACGAUGCAGGAAACUAUCCAUCCGGCACCUUUCGCAUUCACGGACCAGGCAAACCUCGGCCGGAUCAAGAGUUUCCAGCGCCGCAGCUGCUAUUUAUCUCCAUUCAGUUAAGCAGCGACAUGGAGAGAGAGAAGAGCAAGGGCAAGGAGGCUGAGGACAAAAGCAAGGGUAAACUGGAGUCUGAUGAAAAAGUCAAGGACAAGGAUCAAGCUAAGGGAAACAAAAUGAAGAAGGCGAAGAAAGGUGCAUUGAAAUCAGCUGAAGAGGGAGCUCCGCCGGUGACUCUGAACAUAGAUGACAUAAAUCAAGACUUGGACUCGGACGAGUACAGCUCUGUGGACAGUGAUAUCCCACCUGUUUAUCCGAUCCAGAACCCAUGAGAAUUAGUUCAUUUUAGUUAAUAUCUAUGGUAGCUUAUGUCUGCAUCAUGUGUUUGGUAUGUGAUGCUUGAUGUGGAGUUACGGCUUAUAUAUGAUUAGUUGUUUGUACCGUAAUGUAUGCCUUUGUUCCUCGUGUUUUCAAUUCAGCCAUUGUAACCGUUAGUAUGCAACAUGAAUAUGCCUAAAUUCCAGCAAA